AAAGCAACUCAUUUUCUGGGCCAACUUCGCUUCAACUGCAAGAUGUCUGCUUUUCUCUACGGUGUUGGUAUUGCUACCGCUGCCUUUCUGGGUCGCGCGGGCUAUGUCGCUCUGCAACGGUCCAGAGGCGGUAUGAACGCGGCGGGCAAGGCAUUCUACAAGGGAGGAUUUGAACCCCGGAUGAACCGCCGCGAAGCGUCUUUGAUCCUGGAACUCCCGGAACGCACGAUGAACAAGGACAAGGUUCGCAAGAAGCACCGUCAGCUCAUGCUGCUCAACCACCCCGAUCGUGGUGGCAGCCCCUACUUGGCCACCAAGAUCAACGAGGCCAAGGAGUUCCUCGACAAGCAGCUCUAAAUUCUCUUUCCGACUGGAGAGUCUUUAGCGAAGCAUUUCCACGUCGUGAAAGACGAUAGGGUACAUUUACGUAUCGACCACUGUACAAGAGUUUCUUUCUUCUUUGGGUGCGCAUAGCGAGGCGUUGGUGGAGAUUUUCCAAACCCGGGAAUACAUCCCUUGGGUACGCUCCUGAUGGAGACUUGUAUUUACACUACUACUGUAUACUGAUGAGAUCGCCGCUCUUGAAUGUAUAGCUAUGAUUUAUUGGCACACAUGUGUUUUGGAG